GCGUGAGCGUCCCUCUCGGGGUUUCGAUGAAGAAUGGCAAGGUUUGCAUUCUAUCACCUCUGUAUGAAGGCUCCGUGGGUGGUCGAUUGGCUCAUCUCCCGGACAACAGGCUCUCGCCCUCGGAAGCUCUCAAGUAAGCUUUCUCCUAGAUUUGAAAGAGAAAGAGAGCCUCUUUCUCUUUUCUGGCGUUGGAAACCCCUGACACUUCGCUCUCUUUCACGAACUUUACACAGGUAUGCCACGGACAUAGCCAAGGGUGUACUCGAGCUCCAUUCUCGCGGCGUUCUCUCGCUCAACUUAAAGCCUUGCAACUUUCUCCUCGACCCGAGCAACGACGCCUUCGUCGGAGACCACGCGCUCCCGCUGCUCUUCUCCGGAUGCAAGAGCUUCCUGGAUUUCAAGUUCUACAUCGGAACUCCAAACUACAUGGCGCCAGAGCAGUGGAGCGUGGAGACGAGGGGUCCGCUGGCGUUCGAGACGGACUCGUGGGGAUACGCGUGCAGCAUUGUGGAGAUGGUCACAGGGAAGAGGCCGUGGGAAGACAAGACGCCGCAAGAGAUUUACAACCUGGUGGUUUUGAAAGGUGACAGGCCCAGCGUCCCGUCCGAGUUACCAGCAGCGAUACAACGGGUCUUGGAAGAUUGCUUCGAGUAUGACUACCGGAAUCGGCCAGACUUCCGCCAAAUCCUGGCGACUUUGACGAGUCCUGGUUUGAAACGAGGCGACUGGAUUCACGUCUACGACGAGCCGAGCAAGCAGACGAAGAUCGGGCUGGUGAUCGAAGAGGACGACUCCCACGUCCGAGUGCGCCUGCCGAGACAGCAGAUCCAAUCCUACUCCCGCGAAUCGAGGAAGCUCUGCCUGUGGAAGAACCCGCUGCAAGCCGGAGAUCACGUCACAGUGAAGAAGUCGGCGAGGCGCGGCUGCUGGCGCUACACGCCGCACAACGCCGAGGGCGUGGUGGUGGAAGUUGACAGAGAAGAGAUCGUGGUCCGGGUGAAGUUUUGCAGCUCGCAGGACCUCUGGGAAGGGAGCCCGGACGAGCUGGAGCUGGUCUCGUUUGGAAUCACCGUCGGGGACUGGGUUCACAGGUUCACAAACGAGGAUCACCACUACUCGGGCAGUCGGCCGUCCUGCGUCGGGAUCGUUCACAGCAUCCAACGCGAUGGAGAGCUGCAAGUCGCGUUCGUUGGCUGCGACAUGCUCUGGACUGGAGUUCCAACCAGGCUCGCGAAGAUCCAGCCGCUCAGAGUCGGGCAGAUGGUGCGACUAAGCUGCUGUGCUCGGGGAAGUCCGCGGUUUGAGUGGCCGUGCAAGGAGAGGAGCGGCCGGAUCACCAGGAUAAUGCCCAACGGCUGCCUGGUUCUCUCGUCGAGCAGCUGGAAGUCGAAGGAGCGGUGGUUUGGAGAUCCGGCACAGGUGGAGCUGAUCGAGAGGAAAAAGUACCGCCGCACUGGAAACGAUCUCCUGUCGAGCUUGCACUGGGGUCUGAUGAAUCCGAUGGUGUUUGCGCUGGGAGUGCUGGCAGGAGUUUUGCUCGGAAACUCGAUUCUACAAUCGAACGCUGCUGCUGCUGCCUCGAGCUGCGAUGGGAGAAGCUAUUGGGACCACGAGAUUCUGAUCACGUACCCGGAGGGCUACAGUUCUUCUCUUACGGAGCCAGCUUCUCUUCCUUCGCCACCAUCGCCGGGAUGGGUGGUGAGAACGUUUAAUCGAUUUGUUGCUCAUCUAGCAGAGAGUGCCGAUGAUUUCCUUCAUUGACAUAGAAAAAGAAAAGCUAACUGUCAUUAGUACGCGAAAGAAAGACUUGAAUC